AUGGCAACCCCACCGACCGCGUCACACCAGGCUGCUGUCCAGAGGCGAUCGAUCCCCGAUCAGCGCUCCGCCGCGUCAUCGAUGACGCUGCGGAGCGCAGCGUCAUCGAUGACGCUGCGGAGCGUUCUGUUCAGAGUGAGACGUCUGUCCGGCGUCACGUCUGUCCGCCUCUCUGCGCGGCUCGUCGGCUCGACUCGGCCUCUGUCCUCCCGGUCUCUCUCCUCUCCCCGGUCCUCUGUCCUCCUCUCCCCGGUCCUCUCUCCGGUUCUCCGGUUCUGCAGGGAUGUUCCGGUUCUGGUUCUGGUUCCGUGCGUGCGUGUUGCUGUGGCUCGUGCCCGGCUGCGCGUGCCCGGCGGCCCGGCUGUACACGGAGCAGGACGCGCUGGAGAUCCUGCACGGAGGAGCAGCAGGAGGAGCAGGAGGAGCAGGAGGAGCAGGAGAGCAGCUGCAUCAGGAGGCCUGCUCCGCAGAGACGCGGCCUCCGCCUGGCUGCUGCAGUUCUUCUCCUCCUGGUGCGGACACUGCAUCCAGUACUCCACCACGUGGAGGGCCCUGGCCCAGGACGUCAAAGACUGGCAGCCGGUGUUCCGUAUCGGGGUCUUGGAUUGCGCUCAGGAAGAAAACUUUGACGUCUGUAAAGAGUACAGCAUCAAGUUACUACCCUUACUACGUAAUAACAGCAGUACUCCUGUCUGUCCUCAGUACUUUCAUGCUCACAGUCCACAGACAGACAGAGGGACGCCCUACAGAGGUGCAGACAGACAGAUUCAGUCAGUGAGACAGUUGAUGGUGAACAUCCUGCAGAACCACACCAAGGUGGACUGGCCAGACCACUGUCCUCCACUGGAACCAUACAGUUCUGUGGAGCUGCUCCCUCUGCUGGGUCAAAGGUCAGACCACUACACCGCCAUCAUCGUAGAGGAACCAGACUCCUACGUAGGACGAGAGGUGAUCCUGGACCUGCUCCAGUUCUCCGGUGUGGAGGUGAGGAGAGCUCUGAGUUCUGAUCUCCCUCUGCUGGACGCUCUGAAGAUCACCAGCUUCCCCUCCGUUUACCUGCUGCACCCGAACGCAACACACACACAGCUGCAUGUUCAGAAGCGGUUGCGUUUCUUCUUCUCCUCCUUGUUGAGGACGUUACCAGGAGUCCAGCGGCAGUUGAAGUCCAGCAGCAGUACCGGUGGUGGCCUGGUGGCGGCGCUGGCGGACAGAGGCAGCAGUGAGCCCUGGAGAGACUUCGACAGGUCUAAGGUGUACUCGGCUGAUCUGGAGUCAGCCCUCCACUACCUGCUGAGAGUGGAGCUGGCUACCCAUAAUACCCUGGAGGGGGCGGAGCUAAAGGUCUUUAAGGACUUUGUCACUUUGGUCUCAAAGUUGUAUCCAGGUGGAGGUUCUGUGGUGAAGCUGAUGGAGACGCUCUCUGAUUGGCUGCUCAGUCUGCCUCUACAACGAAUCCCCUACCAGGCAGUCCUGGACCUGGUGGACAACAAGAUGAGGAUCUCAGGUGUGUUCCUGGGGGCGGAGCUUCGUUGGGUUGGUUGUCAGGGCAGCAGGGAGGGUCUCCGAGGUUACCCCUGUUCACUGUGGACUCUGUUCCACGUGCUGACCGUCCAACAUGAUGCCAGGCCCUCUGCCCUGGAGAACACCGGUCUGGAGGGCGAGGCGGCUCCGGUGCUGCAGGUGAUGCGUCGGUACAUCCGGACGUUCUUCGGCUGUGAGGACUGCGGCCGUCACUUUGAGGAGGCGGCUGCUGUCGGUUUGGAGAACGUCCAGAACCGAGAGGAACAGAUCCUCUGGCUGUGGAACCAACACAACACUGUGAACUACAGACUGACUGGCUCCCUGAGUGAUGACCCCCUCUUCCCUAAAGCUCCGUGGCCGAGUCCCUCCCUCUGCUCCUCCUGCCAUGAGGAGAAAAAUGGCGUCCACGUCUGGAACCAGGACAACGUCCUCCUCUUCCUCAGACGACACUACGGCGCCUCCAACAUGUCCCCCAAAUACUCCCUGACUCCCCCACGACUCCCCGCCCUUCCUCCCAAUCCUGAUCCUAAUCCUGAUCCUGAUCCUGAUCCUAAUCCUGAUCCUGAUCCUGUGCAGACCAGCCAGCCACAGGAGGAGCACCGAGGAGGAGGAGCGAGGAAGGAGCCAGAGAAGAAAACUGAGAAGCAGCCGGAGCCUCGACCCGGUAACAAGGCUCUUAGUGGGGAGGAGCGUGAGGAGGUUCUGGGGGGAGGAGGAGGAGCAGGAGGAGGUGUUUGGAUUCUGGGUCUGGGUUUUAACAGCGUGGACAUGAGUCUGUGUGUGGUGCUCUACGUCUGCUCCUGCCUCUUCCUCAUGCUCCUCUUCUUCUUCUUCAAAGUCCGAUCCAGGAGGUGGAAACUCCGACACUCCCGCCUCCACAUCUGACCAGGACCAGAACCGUCUGACCAGGACUAGUAUGGUUUACUGAUGAACAGAACCCUCUAACCUAGAACCAGAACCCUUUAACCAGGACUAGUAUGGUUUACUGGGGACCGGAACAGUUUAACUGGGACCGGGACCGGACUGGAGCGGUUCUCUGGAGAACGUCUCUCUGCUCACAGCAUUAAAGGGGCCGUCCGCCAAAACCACAGAAAGGUGGAUCCAGAGGUUCCAAAUGAUGGAUUUUAGAAACCUGGUCUGAAUGAGUUGUUUUUAUAGAAUCAGUUUUGAACUCCUGGAUCAUGUGACCAGGUGAUCAUGUGACCAUGUGACCAGGUGGUCACAUGUUGAACCUCCCACAGAGGGACAUGAUGUUAGGCCAGUUAGCCCACUGGGACUGAACUGGACCAGACUGGUUCUACUGAGUUCACUUUGUGCCAAAUGUUUAACCUGCUGACAGACGACACACCUGUCCUUAGGCCCCGCCUCCUCCGUGUGUGUGUGUGUGUGUGUGUGUGUGUGUGUGUGUGUGUGUGUGUGUGUGUGUGUGUGUGUGUGUGUGUGUGUGUGUGUGUGUGUGUGUGUGUAAACUGUGAAACA